AUGGCGGCUGAAUAUAAACAAAAGCUUUAUGAAAUUCAAAGAAGAGGGGAGAACAAGACGUGCUUCGACUGUGGCGCUCCUCACCCCCAGUGGGCAAGUGUGUCCUACGGUAUUUUCAUCUGUCUAGACUGUUCUGGUGUUCAUCGCUCGUUCGGUGUGCACAUUAGUUUUGUGCGCUCCAUUGGUAUGGACAAGUGGUUUGAUGAUCAGUUACAUAAGAUGGACAUUGGCGGCAAUGCCAAAGCCAAGGCUUUCUUUGAAUCGCAACCUGAUUAUUCGCCCAACCUCAGUAUGACACAAAAAUACAAUAGUCAUUUUGCCGCCCUUUACCGCGAAAAGGUAAGAAAGGAAAAUAAUGGAUGCCCAUAG